GCAGCUUAUAUAGCUUAUGUGCCGAUUCCCCCCGGCAACGAUCGUCGUCGUCGUGUCGGUUCAAUCGCGCACGAGCUGGGAAUCGUCGUCGUGUCCAGUCGCGGUGCGGUGCAUACAAUUUCCUUCGCUGCGCGCCAGCUCGAUCAGUUCGGUAGAACGCGGCCAACUAUACGCGGAUAUAUAAUAAGCUAUAUCUAUAUAGGUGUUGCUAGCAGCCGGACGCGCGUGUAAAUGUGCUUGUAUUCCGCGCCAAUUGGCAAUCGCCGCCGAAGCCAACUCCAAAGACGGCAGCAGCAGCAGCAGCGACGUCAUGUACCAGGCCCGGAAGAGUAGAGUCGAGAAUCCCCGACAAUCGGCCGGUCGACUGUCCGUCCUCACUUUUGCAUGGCUAUUCAAGACGUUCAUCCGUGGCUUUCGGCGGGAAUUGAAGCUAUCCGAUCUGUACUACCCGCUGGACGAGCACUCGAGCCACAACGUCGGCGAGCGGCUCAGCGCCGAGUGGUCCAGGCGCCAGCAGCGGGACCCGAGCGAGGCGAGCCUGCUCCGAUGCAUAUUCAGCUGCUUCGGCCGAGAGAUCGUUCUGGUCGGCCUCGUCCAGGCCUUUCUCGAGUUCAGCAUCAGGUUAUCUAGGCCGUACAUUUUAUUGCAAUUGCUCAACUACUUGAGCGAGAAGCAGCUGCAGCAGCAGCAGCAGCAGCGGAGCGAAGGAAGCGACAGCCAAGGCAUGGCCAAGAGCGAGGCUUACGCCUGGGCCGGGGCGCUGGCCCUGGGCGUCUUCGUGGACUGCUGCGUGGCCCAUUUGUGCGUCCAGAGCCUCAUGCACAUGGGCAUGAAGAUACGCGUGGCCUGCUGCUCGCUCGUCUAUCGCAAGAUCCUCCGGGUACCGCUGAGCUUCGCCGCCAACGAUCGGGACAACGGCGCCGGGACGAAUCUCGGCCAGGUGCUCAAUCUGCUGUCGAACGACGCCAGCCGCAUCGACAACGCCGUCUACUACCUACACUACAUCUGGAUAUCGCCCCUGCAGGCCCUCGUGGUCUUUUACUUUCUGUAUCGGGAGGUGCAUUUGGCCGCCUGCACCGGCAUAGCCCUCCAAGUGCUCUUCAUUCCGCUGCUCGGAUUUUUCGGAAGAAUAACGAAUCGCCUGACUAGCAAAUACACGACGAGGACCGACGAGCGGCUGCGCCUCACCAACGAGAUAAUCAAGGGCAUACGCGCCAUCAAGAUGUACGCCUGGGAGAAGCCCUUCUCGCUGCUCGUCGAUCGCAUCAGAAAAAAGGAGAUGCACGUCGUGAAACAGGAGUCCAUCGUGACGGACAUGAGCCUGGCCUCGGAAUUCUACAUCCCUCGGCUCUGCGUUUUCAUCACCAUACUGGCUUACGUCUUGCUGGACAAUAGCGCCAACGCCGAGAAGGUCUACUUCGUCGCGGCUUUCUACGAUGUGCUACGUAUGAGCAUGUACACCCUCUUCCCCAUGUGCUUGCACGACGUAGCGGAGGCUAUGGUUUCGCUGAAACGCUUGCAGAAGUUCAUGCUGAUCGAGGAGCUUCCUCCCCAGCCAGCCCUGCAAAACUUGGGCACCGGCAUCAACGACGACACCAACGAAGCCAAUAACAGUAGUAUCAUCGUUUUUAAAAAUUACUCCGCCAACUGGAGCGAGAAGCACAAAGUCCUGUCGGGCAUCGAUCUCGAGAUCGAGCGCGGCUCCUUGAUCGCCAUAGUCGGCCAGGUCGGCUCGGGCAAGAGCAGCCUGCUGCACGCGAUCCUCCGAGAAAUUCCGCAGCUGGCCAGCAAUGCCGGCUCGAACCUAGGAGAGGUGCGCGUCCUGGGGAGCUGCUCCUACGGACCCCAGGAGCCCUGGAUCUUUGCCUCGAGCGUGCGCCAGAACAUCCUGUUCGGUCGCCCGUACGAGCAGGCUCGUUACGAUCGGGUACUGGGCGCCUGUCAGCUGCGCAAGGAUCUGGAAGGACUGCCGCACGGCGACGAGACUCUGCUCGGCGAGAAGGGAAUCAAUCUGAGCGGGGGACAGUGCGCCCGAGUGAGCCUGGCCAGGGCUGUUUAUCGAGACGCCGACAUUUACCUGCUGGACGAUCCUCUGUCGGCCGUCGACGCCGUGGUCGGUCGCGACAUCUUCUACCAGUGCAUCAGGGAGCUGCUGAAGUUCAAGACGGUCGUCCUGGUCACUCAUCAGUUUCAGCAUCUGGAGAAAGUCGACCAAAUAGUCGUACUCGACAGUGGCUCGAUCAAAGCCGUUGGGACAUUGGCGGAGUUGCAAGACAAAGGCAUCAAUCUCAUUCAAAUGAUGCAGAGCAGCAACAGCGGCGACUUUGACGAAAGCAAGGAGAGCUCGAGCAAACCAGCUCGGACAAAAUCGACGACGAUCGAGCCGGAGAAGGAGACGGUGGUCACUGCUAACGGAAAAGUAGCCGAGAAACAACAUCGGCAACAGCAGCAGACCGAGGAGAAAAAGGUCGAGGGGAGCAUUUCAGCCACCACUUAUCUCGCGUACUUCAUGUCCAGUAGAAACAUACCCCUGGUCGUCAUGGUGUUCGUGGCCAGUCUGGCGCAUCAGCUCGCCGCCAGCGGAGGCGACUACUUCCUCGCCAUUUGGGUCAACAAGGAGGAGGAGUACGCGAGCAGCAACGGCUCACUGACCGACUAUAACAACAACAAUAAUGCCAGUGGCGGCAUCGACCGAGAUUGGUACAUCGGCGUUUACGGGGGCAUAACCUGCGCCACUAUCGUUCUCUGCCUCCUGCAGUCCUGGACGUUCUUCGAGAUGAGCAUGCGGAUAGCCAAUAACUUGCACGCCAACAUGUUCUCGAGCGUCAUUUCCACGACCAUCGAGUUUUUCAGUGCCAAUCCCUUGGGUCGCAUCAUGAACAGAUUUUCCAAAGACAUGAGCAUCGUCGACAUGGAGGUGUCGCGAGCCAUGAUAGACGUCAUUCAAAACGCCAUACACAUCUUGGCGGCGUUCGUGGUUGUCACCAGCGUCAAUUUCUACCUCAUUGUACCCGCCGCGCUCUGCUUCUGCUGCUUCUACACGUUCUCUCUGUUCUUCAUCAAAACCAGUCGGAGCGUCAAACGAUUGGAAGGACUGACCAGAUCCCCGGUGUACGGCCACAUAAGCGACAGCAUCCGCGGCCUGACGACGAUCCGAGCGCUGCGCGCCCAGUCGGUCCUCGUGGACGAGUUCGACGAUCAUCAGGACCUGCACUCGGCCGCCUGGUUCAUCUUCUUCUCGGGCUCUCGCGGCCUCGGCAUGUAUCUCGACGUGUUCUGCUCCUGCUUCCUCACCUGCGUCCUCUUCACUCUGCUGGCCUUCGACGCGCGUACCCUCGCGGGUGACGUGGGCCUGGCCAUCACCCAGUGCAUGAUGCUGCUCAACACUCUCCAGUGGGGCGUGCGGCAAUUCGCCGAGCUCGAGAAUCAGAUGACCUCGGUCGAGAGGGUGCUCGAGUACUCGAAACUGCCCAGCGAGGCCGAAAGCUUAGAUGGUUAUAAUAGUUCGGCGAAAAAACGCAAUGGUACUACAACUACUACUGCUCUGUCGGAGAUCGGCGCCGAGGAGACGACUGCUCUGACCGAGAUCAAAUUACAAACAAAAGUUCCUACUGACUGGCCCAGUAGAGGGCAGAUAGAAUUUAAAAAUGUCACUCUCAGAUACGAGAAGAGGGGAGCGACGAUUUUAAAGGGCUUGGAUUUCACGAUCGAAGGCUGCGAGAAAAUCGGUAUAGUCGGAAGGACCGGUGCGGGAAAGUCUUCCUUGAUUAAUUCGUUAUUCCGGCUGGGCUACGUCGAGGGAGACAUUUUAAUAGACGAUGUGCCAACCAGCCAGCUCGAACUGCUUACUCUCAGGUCCAAGAUCAGCAUCAUUCCGCAAGAGCCGAUUCUCUUCGAGGGCAGCUUGAGGAAGAAUCUGGACCCAUUCGGCGAGUGCAGCGACGCGUCACUGUGGCAGGCCCUGGACGACGUCGGCAUGAAGUGGAGCCUCGACGGCCUCGAGGCCUGGGUGGCCGAGGGCGGCUCGAAUUUCAGCGUGGGCCAGCGCCAGCUGCUCUGCCUGGCUCGUGCCAUCGUACGGCGCAAUCGCAUACUCGUCCUCGACGAGGCCACCGCAAACGUCGAUCCCUGCACGGACGAGCUCAUCCAGAAGACGGUGAAGAAGAAGUUCGAGGACUGCACGAUCCUCACGAUCGCUCACAGGCUGCACACCGUCAUCGACAGCGACAGGAUCAUGGUCAUCGACGAGGGAACCGUAGCGGAAUUUGAUCAUCCUCACAUUCUGCUCACCAAAAAGAAGGGAUUUUUGUACGAUAAUGUUCAACAGUCGGGAGCAGCGUCGGCUCAAGUUCUCAUGAAGAUUGCAAAAUUAAAUUAUGACAAAAAAUUGAGAAAAAUUUGAAUGUGACCCGACGCAAAUAGAACCGCAAGCAAGCAAGAAAUGUCUCGAAAGAAUCAGCGCACGAACGAAAGAAAGAAAGAAACAGUGAUAACUCGUAAGAUAUCUCAUAGAAAGUGUUUUCAAGCCUACAUGCAUUUAUUAUCGUAUAUGAUUUAUUUUUUCAUCGAAAUAAUAAAGCAUCGACGAAUUUUUAUAUAAGUAUAUUGUAAAGCAGAAACUAUUAAAACAAGAAUUUCAAGUUUAAAAAUAUAU